ACCCACAUCAUUUUGAUCGCGUGGUCCAUGCACCAAUUGGUCCACCGGCUCCCAGCGUCCUGUAAUUGCUGGCUAUACGUUUCAUUGUCAAUCCAAUAUACUUUAUGAUGGCGUCCAGCAUGCUUCAUUCCAGUGCGAGGUGCGCGGCUUUCAAGGCCGGCCCUCUUCGCUCUCCACAAUUCGCCCUGCGUCCUCGUGCUACUGUUUCUUUGUCCGCCGUUAAGUCGUCAUCGGAGGCUUCUUCUUCCAGCGCUUGCUCCACGAGCGAGCGGCAGGCACACCCACUCGCUCGAUUGGAGGUCGCCACCGUUGCGUCGCUUCUUGCCAGCGGCGCCCUGGCAGGCAGCUGUCUAGCUGCCGAUAGCCCGGAGAAUGCGGAGCAGACUGUCCAGCUCGCGGCGCUGGCAGCCAACAUCCUCCGCCCUGCGUUCAACAUCUUUACGCUGCUGUACAUCAUCCGCGUGCCCAUGACCUGGUACCCGGAGAUAGACGGCAAGAAGAUGCCGUGGGCGCUCGCCUACGCGCCCACGGAGCCGGUGCUGAGCGUCGCGCGCAAGGUGGUGCCGCUGCUCAGCGGCGUGGACGUCAGCCCUAUCGUCAUGAUUGCCUUCAUCACCUUCUCCAAUGAGAUCCUGCUGGGGCCGCAGGGCCUCCUCACGCUCAUUCAGCAGCGCGGCGGCCUGUAAGCUGCUUGAUAUGUAUGAGCUGUAGCCAGGUGUAUGAAAGUCAGCGGUGCUGAUGACAGCGGAGGAACGAUGGCGGAGGGGAGCGGAGGCGGGCGAAGGCAACAGCUGGCGGCGGCAGUGUGGAGGCACCCGGCGCCUGCGGCUGUGCCGUUUAGAGAGCUGGGGGCAGGGCGGAUGUAAAAUGCUGAUAUAGCACGGCGUAGCACUGCAGACUUGGGUUACUGCUGCCAUGGUGGCGAGCGGCAGUUGGUGCUGGCAAGCGGGCAGCGAGCAGUUGUCGUGUGAGGAACGACUUGAUCGGGGGCAACGGCUGGCGGAUACCGGGCAUGUACGGUAUGUGAGGGUACUUCACCUCAGUAACAAGGCGCGACGCGGUGGUAAGCUUCAGGGCCACAUCUUGGCUGCGAUGGGUGCCAACUCUUGUGACAUUUCUGCAUGGUGGGCAGACCGCAUACCGUUUGCAAGCCGUCGGUAUGACUCAACGGGGCGGUGAGUGUGGGAGCUUUGGCUGACCGUUAGCUUUGAAUCGCUGUGCAUAGUCCCGGACACAAGGCAAGGUUUGAAUCGCUGUGCAUAGUCCCGGACACAAGGCAAGGCAAGGUGCUACGGUAGUAAUUGUGGGACUCUUGCCCAAAUUUUGCUGGGACUGAUGUGCAUCUUCAGGGAGCGGCAACAAACGGGCCCCAACGCAACCCCACUGGGCGUUUCCGUUGUUAUCUGGGCCCCUGGAUGCCGUAGGCGAGAACGCGGUUCCGGCCGUUCUCGCCAGCGUCGAAGCCGACCCCUAAAGACGCAAGCCCUGUGCAUAACAUUUGCAAGGUCGGGCACCCGGGCUGUCAACCACUUUCGAGGGCAUUGUCUCAUGGGUUGGAGAUGCUCCCCAGGGCAUUGUCUCAUGGGUUGGAGAUGCUCCCCUUUUUUACUGAUGCAUCAAGGCAGUGCUCGUAUCUUGUAGAUGCCCUCAGGCACCCGGCAUCUACACAUGCGUAGAUGACCCUGACCGCGGCGUCUACACUUAAGCCCCCAAGCCCCCCAAAACGUCUACGCUUCCCCCAUUUUUGCGCCAAAACCGGCCAAAACCGUCUACACUGCGUAGAUGCGUGGCACCCAAACCCAAAAUUUUUUCUCCGCCUUCGGCGGAUUUUGGGCAGAUUUCUACAGUGUAGAUGGAAGAUACGAGCACUGCAUCAAGGUGCGCUGCACAUUCAACGGUGCUCGGAGGAGAAGUCUAGAUACGGCAGAGUGAUACGGCGAUGAUGGCUGCAACGGGACUCGUCGAGGUGCGG